GGCAAAUGCGAUUAGUUCGAUAGGAGCCGUUCGGUGAGUUAAGAAGUUUGCAUUCAUCAGCUUCCGCGGCGGUGUAGUGAUUCGAUUAAUUUGGUGUGAUUACAGUAAAAAAAGACCAUGAAAAGACUGUCGGCCGUAAUACUUGUUUUAUCAGUAUUCUCAAAAUCCAUCGAUGGUGAAAAGUUUGAUCUCAUCUUCAAAUGGAAACAAUUAGAGCAUAAUGCUAUACACUCCGAAUCCGGGGAUAUCACUUUCACCGGACCGGUCAAAACGUUCAGCCCUAUCAUCGAUGAAUCGUUCGUCAGCUAUAACAACAUCCCGAUGGGGGCUACCCAUCAUAAUGGGCGAGUUUUCAUAGCCGUUCCCCGGAGACGGCCCGGAAUACCGGCUACUUUGAACGUGAUUGACAUCAAAAAGCAGGGCGACAAUAAGAGUCCAACGCUGACGGCCUACCCGGAGUAUCGCAUCAAUCAGCUACAUAGCGACUACCAUGCCGAUCUGAAGCGCUUGGUGUCUGUUUACCGGACUACGGUGGACCAAUGUCAACGGCUGUGGUUCGUCGAUACUGGCAUGAUCGAGUAUCCCAACAAUACCGUGCAAAUACAACGUCCUCAGCUAUGGAUAAUCGAUCUGGCCCGUGAUAGGAAGGUCCGUACCUUCGAGAUCCCGGAAUCCAUCGUCCAGCAGGGUGUGGGCAUGGCCAGUCUUGUCGUCGAUGCUGAGGCCACCGAUUGUGAGAAGUCGUACGCCUACAUUCCGGACUUGGUUCAAGGAGCCAUCUACGUGUACAACUUCGAAGCGAAUCGCAUGUGGGCCUUCCGCCAUAGCUCCUUCCGACAUGAUCCGGAAAGAGCCGCCUUCAACGUGGCCGGGCAACGCUUCAAUUGGGACGAUGGGAUCUUUUCGAUCACCAUUGGGAAUCGCGAUCCUGCCACUCGCUCCAAACCAGUUUACUAUCAUCCCAUGGUGAGCACGGCGGAGUUUAUCACCUUCACAGAGGUCCUGCAGAACGAAGCCCUUGCCACGAGUGGUGGAUACGAGAAUCUCUUCCAACGGAUAGGUGAACGGGGCAUAAAUGCGCAAUCUACCAUGCAUCACUUCGACGGGGAAUCACAGGUUCUGUUCUACGCCGAGGUGAAUCGAAAUUCGAUCGGCUGCUGGAAUACACGGUCGAACUUCUCGGCCGAGAACCAUGACAUCAUUCAUCACGAUAACGAGCGAAUGAUUUAUCCGACCGAUCUGAGUGCGGACGUCACGGGUGCCAUUUGGGUGCUGUCCAACAAUCUUCCUACGUGGAUCUACUCGCGGCUCGAUGUGAACCGGUACAACUUCUAUCUGUGGCGUCAGACCCCCCGGAAGGCCAUCGAAGGGACCAAGUGUCAGGUGGCGGACGAGUGAAAAUUAUUGCCAGGAAUAAACGAAUGUUUUGAACGAUAA